CCCGGAAGUAGAAGAGAGGCGUUGCCAUGGCGGCGACUCUCGGUGGGUAGGGGGUCCCGCCCCUCCAUGAGCUUCUCGCACUUCUGCAUAGCACCCCCCCGACCCCGGAUUCGUUUCCUACUCCACUUCCAUCACCCAACCCCUACCCCUGCUACAACCCCGGAUCCUGGGGUUCUGGAUUUAUCUCUCCGGCCUUCCGGGGGCCAGUCGCACCCGGGGCGUUGGAGAGCGAAGGAGGGAUGUGGGGACGGCUUGUUGGGGAUGGAAGUACCUGAUGCCCUUUUUCCUCAACCAGUGUGGCUCCCUUCUCUACUACCUCACCUUGGCAUCAACAGAGAUUCUUUUUAUUCUGAUCACUCAGAUCUGACCCUAGCUGUACCCAUCAGUAACUCUCUGGCUAUCAUCUUCACAUUGAUUGUCGGGAAGGUCCUUGGAGAAGAUAUUGGUGGAAAACGAGCAUUCGCCGGCAUGGUGCUCACCAUGGCAGGAAUUACACUCUGCAUCACAAGCUCAGUGAACAAGACCCAGGGACAGUUGUCUACCCUUUGAGUGGGCCAACACCACCUCCAGCUCUGUUGUCUCCAGGAAGCCCCUUGGGGCGUGAGGUACAGAGAGUGAGCAGAUGGACCUAGCACUUACCCGCUCUGAGCCUCAUCUUCUUCAUCUCUUAUGGGGCUAAUAGCUACCUCAUGGAUCACAAUAAAAGAACAAGAGUGAAA